CUGGCGACCCUGCAGCAGCGUCCCUCGGGCGCACGCCCUGGCCCCCUGGGGUCCCCUCCUUAUCCCAAGGCCAGGACAGCCAGUGCCAAGGUCACAAUGAACGUCGUCCUCUCCAGGGAAGGCCAGGUGCACGCGAUGGAGUCGGCAGUGCUGGCCGCCGAGAAGCACGUUGGGCAGCUCUGCUCACUGCUGGCCGCCCACACACGCAAGACGGCCCGGCUGCGGGACACGGGGGACCGACUGGUCAAGCAGCUGAUCGCCUCCGCCAGCUCCGAGGCCCCCGAGAUGCGGGCCACCCUGCGGGACUUGGCUGAGGACCUGGCCAAAGUGCAGGACUACCGGCAGGCCCUGGUCCAGAGGCUGGAGGCCAAGGUCGUCGACCCCCUGAAGCUGUAUGGCACCCAGACCAAGCAGACCCGGGCUGAGAUCAAGAAGUUCAAGCGAGUCCAAAAGAAUGAGAUCAAACAACUGGAAAAGCUGGAGAAACUGAGGCAGAAGUCACCCUCAGAUGGGCAGAUGAUUUCCCAGGCAGAGAGCAGAGUGCAGAGGGCCUCGGUGGACGCCAGCCGCACCACCCGGCAGCUGGAGGACACAGUGGACGCCUUCCAGCGGCGGAAGCUGGAGGACCUCCAGAGGAUCCUGCUCGACUUCGUGACCAUUGAGAUGGUGUUCCACACCAAGGCUGUGGAGGUGUACUCCAGUGCCUGCCGGACCCUGGGCAGCUACGACCCGGAGCAAGACCUGCAGGACCUUCAGGCCAAGGCUUGGGGAAUUUCUGGGCAUUGCGAGGCUCGGCCGCUCACAGAUGCCGUCCUGGGGCUCCCCGCCAGCCAGAGUGCACGGAGCACCCUAGGGAGCCAGAGCAGAGAAGAGGCCAGUGGUGAGGACUCAGCAGAGGAGACGCCUCUGGAGGCCCUCCGGGGACAGGAGCAGGGACCCCGGAACUAGGAAGCAACUCUGGGCCACAGGUGGAGGAGCUGGGCAGGCCCUGGUCUCGGGGCUCUGUGCAUGCCUGGGGCGCGUGGACUCUCAGAGCCAGUUUCCCCAUCUGCACUGUGGGUGCCUGGUGCAGUAAACCCCGUGUGACUCUUC